GAUCUGAAGCAAGUCAGUGCAACUUUGUGACUUGAACUCGUCGGUUUGCUCUUAUCGUCAACCCCUUAUACCAUUUAGAAAUACCUGCACGGCUUUUUUUGAAAAGAAAUAGGAAAUCAUGUUUGCCAAUGCCAUUCGUACUUUAAUUUUCGCUUUAGGUAUCGUUAAUGCUGCUUCGCUAUUGCUGGAAGCAGAUGGAGAACCUAAUACCCAGUUGUUGAGAGAAAAGCGAGGAAUCGCUUCCGGAUACGGGGGAUAUGGGGGAUCCAGUUAUGGCGAUCACGGUCACGCUGGUGGAUACGGAGUCGGUUAUGGUGGAGCGGCUGCUAUCGCUCAGGAAGCCGCAAAUGUCGCAAAAGCUGCCCAGAAUGCCCAGGCUGGUGCUGCAUAUCAGGCCGCCCACCAAGCGCAAGCGACUCUCGCGGCUCAGGCCGUUCAUGCUGCCCAACAGGCCCAAGCAGUGGUAGCUGCCCAGCAGCAUCAAGCGGCUUAUGCCGUCCAGGCCUCACAGGCUGCCCAAGCAGCUGCAUACUCCGCCUCACAUUACGGUGGCUAUGGAUCGACUAGCGCUGUCCACCACGCCCAACACUUGGCCUACCAAUCGCAGGCUGAAUUGGCCGAUCUUGCCGCUGCCCAGCAAGCGGCCAACAAGGCCUAUUCCGCCGCCCAGGCCGCUCAGGCCACAGCUGUCGGCGGUGGCGGUUCCUACGGUGGAUUCGGCGGGGGAUAUGGUGGUGGCCAUGGAGGAUAUCAUUAAUAACGAAUUGAUACAAUAAUUUUGUAUUACUGCUGACUACCUGUCCGAAUGAUUGUAGAACAAUCAUAUCCCCGCUAUUGCACACAUAUAUCUGAAGCCUUAAAAUAUACUUAAUAAAUAAUACGAAGAAAUCUCA